AUGUCGCGGCGGGCCGCGCGCAGCCGCCCGGCGGCCGGGGCCGAGGGGGGAGCCCCCGCGGGAGCCCCCGCGCGCGGCGAUGCGGAGCGGGGCCGGGCCAUGGCGGCGCCGGGGCUCUCGCUGUGCCUCCGCCUGCUGGCCGCGGCCUUCUACGGCCUCAGCUCCUUCCUCAUCGUCGUCGUCAACAAGAGCGUCCUCACCGCCUACGGGUUCCCGUCCUCGCUGUGCGUGGGGCUGGGACAGAUGGUGGCGACGGUGGCGGUGCUGUGGGCCGGCAAGGCGCUGCGGGUGCUCAGCUUCCCCGACCUGGACAGGCACAUACCCCGCCGGACAUUUCCUCUACCUCUCCUGUACUUCGGGAACCAGAUCACGGGACUGUUCAGCACCAAGAAGCUGAACCUGCCGAUGUUCACCGUCCUGCGGCGGUUCUCCAUCCUGUUCACCAUGUUCGCCGAGGGGUUCCUGCUCAAGAAGAAGUUCUCGUGGGGCGUCCAGAUGACGGUGUUCGCCAUGAUCAUCGGCGCCUUUGUGGCUGCGAGUGCUGACCUGGCGUUUGAUCUGGAAGGGUAUAUUUUUAUCCUUGUUAACGAUGCCUUAACAGCUGCAAACGGUGCCUACGUCAAACAGAAGCUGGAUUCCAAGGAGCUGGGAAAAUACGGUCUGCUCUACUACAAUGCACUGUUCAUGAUCCUUCCCACCCUGACCAUUGCCUACUUCACCGGAGAUGCGCAAAAGGCAAUGGAGUACAAGGGCUGGGCAGAUGUGUUCUUCGUCGUGCAGUUCACGCUGUCGUGUGUGAUGGGGUUUAUUUUGAUGUACUCCACGGUCCUUUGCACUCAGUAUAAUUCUGCUCUUACAACUACAAUAGUUGGCUGCAUUAAGAAUAUUUUAAUAACCUAUAUUGGGAUGUUUUUUGGAGGAGACUAUAUUUUUACAUGGACAAACUUCAUUGGUCUAAAUAUCAGUAUUGCUGGAAGCCUGGUGUAUUCCUACAUCACCUUCACAGAGGAGCAACUGAGCAAGCAGUCUGAAGCUGGCAUCAAGAUGGAUAUUAAAGGAAAAAGCUCUGUGUGACCAGGGGAAUGCUUUAUCUGAAAGCAAAAAUGUUUCUGUUGAGCUGAUCACUGGCAGAGUACAGUAAGGAAUUAGGGGUGUCUGCUGCAGAGGAAUGUUGAUGCGCUUUAAUUUGCACAAUCCGGAUUGCUGCCUUCAAAAAUCACGGGGAAGAUAAAAUGACUGCACGUGUAAGAAUUCAUCUGAUUAAGGCUGAUUGAUUGUGAGGAAAUCCUGGGGUUUUAAUCACACUGAGACUUGGCAGGAGAGGCUUGCACAAGCGGUGCAAGGGUUUGGACUGCAGAGGACUCAUCAGCACCUGGGAAAGGUACAGGAGCUGGAAACGGUCGUCUGGCCUUAGCAAGGCAGUGCCAACCUCGCCAGUUGGCCUCACGGGCUGGCGGCCCUCGGCUCCGUGCCGAGCUGUGCCGUGCCAGGCCGGGCCGUCACCUGCAGCGCCUGGGCCUUGUCUGGCACCAGCCGUGGUGUGGUGACAGGACUGGGUUUUUAAUACAUCCAGCAGCGCUGAAGGGUUUUUAAAGGUUGUCUUAUACAGCACCUCUUUCUAGGCCUGUCCUCAGAUUGUCUUUCGGUUUUAAAAACAAUUCUUUAUAGUUUUGAAAAAAAAAAAUUUUAGUAGAACUGCGUAUUAGUGAGUUUUUUUGUACGCUUCCCUUUGGUAACUAGGAGACCAAGCGCCGUAGGCAAUACGUUUCUGUUUCUGGAAGGUAACUGCUAAAAAUGUAACCGGUGCUCAGCAAAGCUGCCUUGAGGGGUGUCCUGACCACCGGGGCUCAUCCGCGUGAGUGAGACUGGCAGAGGCAGUGGGGGGCUGCUGCCCUGUGCCCCCCUCCUUGCGCUGGGGGCUGCUGGCCGGGGCCAGUGCCCCCCUGCCCUGGCUUGGUCCGGCAGCAAGCAGCAGGCUGGGUGCUCCCGGUGCCACACAGCGGGCCAGACAUUCCCCGAUCCUUUCUUAUAGCUUCCUGGGUUUUGUUAAACCCUUGGCUUUGCAACCUGCUGCUGAGCUGCUGUUUCGGUGGGCCGGCAGGGGCGUAGGGCAGCGUAGGUACUCGUGGCACUUCCUUGAGCACACACUCGUAAGUCAUGUUUUUAUUUUAUUUUUUUUAUCCCCCACGUUCACUUAUAACUUUGCUGUGCUGAGGCAUUUGCAGUCAGGAUGUUGAUUCUGUUAGAGCUUUUCUUGGUUUAUUUUUGAAUCUACUGGUUAGAUUUAUUGUCCAAAGGGUUAAAAUAUUUUUAAAGCUUAUUUUGUUUGUAAAUGUGCACACUUCAGUGCCGGGUCUGGAUGUAUUGUAUACACUGGGAAAGAGUUCCUACACCAGUAUUUUCUAUGCUAUUAAUCUACUAAAUUGUUUUCUAUACAGAAUCUAUUUACAGAAUUCACCAUUUUAGUGAUUAAAAGGGUGACCUUUUUAUUUGAAUGUAUGGCAGGCUUUAUAUGUAAGUCAGUAAUGAUAGCAAAAAAAGGAUUUUAUGUGCCUACGUAUUUUUGUACCGGCUUCCAAUAAACCAUCGACCUUCCUCCUA